AUGGGCACUACAGAAUUACGUAUCACUACGGAUCAUUACCUACUUGGCCCCGGUAUUGCUGAUGCACCACUCUUGAAAGUUUUGGCUCCCGUUUCAAAAACGCAUCUGGAUGAGCUCAAUCAAUGUAUCAGUCUGCGUAACAAUGCGAUGAAGGAAAUUCGAGACUUGGAGUAUUUUUUGUGUCUUCCCGCACAGCGUACAAUGGCUCUUAUUCGCACCGAACUUGCAAAAAUUGAUAACCGCUACGAAUUCUGCCGCAUUCAAGACAUCCGUAUCCACAAGCUUCAGGAAAUUAUACACGAAGCUGAGCAGCUAUUUGCUAUCUCCGAAGCACGAAACAAACUUGCUACAAGGCAACGCGCAUUGAUCAAAGACAAAGAGAAAAUUCAAUCCAGCUUUGAGUCUAUCCGGAGUCUGGACGAACUUGCCAUGCAGCAGAAAAAUUUGGUGGCGGUCAAAAAGGAGCUGCAGGACGUUGAAGAGCAGCUCAAGACGUUGGCACCAGUCGCUUCCAAGCCCUCCAAAUCAACAGACACUUCCAAAACCUCUAAAUUGACGGACGCUCCCAGAACCUCCAAGUCAAUGGUCAACGCUGAGGCGAAGUCUAAUGGAACUGCUCAGACUGAUUCUAAGAAUCCAGCUGCUGGUAAGCGCCAGGCAAAGGUAUUAGAGACCGAGCGACAGCCUCGCAAAAAGACCAAAAAGUCGGGGCGCCGUCUUGCCAUGCCCGAGUCUGACGACGACGAUGCUUUGGCACCUCCAUUCGAAGCAACAGAGUGGGGUUAUGAUUAUGAAGAUAUGAAGGAGGAAGCUAUGUGGUCAAAUAUGACACCGGUUCAGCGAUUAGAGUACGCAAGGGACAUUCGAAACGAGAUGCACAAAUUUAUACGAACUGGAAAUCUCGCGGAUUUUAGCUAUGCUUAUCGUCGCUCUAUUCGUCAUAUUCAAAGCCUUCUACCGGAUGACCUCUUUGACUCAAAGAAAGUUAUUGAGGCAGCACACUGCUCAAGCCACAAGUUUCUUGUCUGUCGGUACCAUAAACGCUUCCGAAAGGCAGUUUAUUGCGAUAACGGACCCGGACCAAAUCGGAUUGAAGGAGUGCCAAGAGCUCCGAUGUACCAAAAUAGAGAAACGCCAAGGGAGGAAGGAUUUAUGGAUUGCGGAUGCCUUGUCGACGACGUGUGUAUGGAGUUUUAUUUCUGGAAAACUCUGUAUAUCACUUCGCCUGUGGCAGAACUUGCUGGUAUCAAGGAGCCCCUCAAAAGCGACGCUAUUCUUCCUCGUCAUCGAUCAUUUAUGAUUCAACUCUGGAAGAAUUGUACUGGACUCACCGUGGACGAUAUAUACAAUAGCCGCCGGCCCAUUGGUGUUCCCAAAACCGUCCGCGAGAACUGGCUUCUCAACCUAUCAAUACACAGGUUGGCUACACUAUGGGUUAAACGCACAGGUGUUCCCAUGGUUAUUACCUACCCAUCUCGUGACAAGGAACAGGAACUGGGGGACGGAUUUUCUAACAAUAUUCAUUCUAUGACUGAAAUUGACUUGGAAAUGUUAUCUCUCGUAGGUAGACCGUGGUACUUUUAG